AUGACCAAACAGCAAGCAAACUGGUCUCCCUACGAUAACAAUGGAGGGACGUGUGUUGCGAUUGCCGGAGCCGACUACUGUGUGAUUGCGGCGGACACUCGAUUGUCCACCGGAUACAGUAUUCUUACUCGCGACAGCUCCAAGAUUAUUCAGCUAGCGGAAAAAUCUGUGAUGGCCUCUUCAGGUUUUCAGGCUGAUGUUAGAGCUUUGCAAAAGGUCUUGGCCGCUAGACACUUGAUUUACCAGCACCAACAUAACAAGCAAAUGAGUUGCCCAGCCAUGGCCCAACUGCUGUCUAAUACCCUGUACUACAAACGUUUCUUCCCGUAUUAUUCUUUCAAUGUCCUUGGUGGCCUCGACAGUGAGGGAAAAGGGUGUGUCUUCACAUAUGAUGCUGUUGGAUCUUAUGAGCGGGUGGGGUACAGUGCCCAAGGCUCUGGUGCUACUCUUAUCACACCAUUUUUGGACAACCAGCUCAAGUCUCCAAGUCCUCUUUUAUUGCCUGCUAAGGAUGCGGUUACACCACUUUCUGAGUCGGAAGCCAUCGACUUGGUGAAAACUUGUUUUGCAUCAGCUACAGAAAGAGAUAUAUACACGGGAGACAAGUUAGAGGUACUUGUAUUGAAUGCUAGCGGUAUGCGGCGUGAGUUUAUGGAGCUUAGGAAAGACUAA